AUGAGUGGGUGUACAUUUUUAGGAAACAACCUGGGAUAUGCUUUUAAAAAACUGUCUGUAGAAGGCAGUGAAAAAGACAAAUCACAAACCGGUGUGAAUAGAGCCAGCAAAGGAGGACUGAUCUAUGGGAACUACCUGCACUUGGAAAAAGUUUUAAAUGCACAAGAACUUCAAAGUGAAAUAAAAGGAAAUAAAAUCCAUGAUGAACAUCUUUUUAUCAUAACUCAUCAAGCUUAUGAACUCUGGUUUAAGCAAAUCCUCUGGGAAUUAGAUUCUGUUCGAGAGCUCUUUCAGAAUGGCCAUGUCAGAGAUGAAAGGAAUAUGCUUAAGGUUGUUACUCGGAUGCACCGAGUGGCAGUGAUCCUUAAACUACUGGUACAGCAGUUUUCCAUUCUGGAUACAAUGACAGCCUUGGACUUCAAUGACUUCAGGUGUGUACCCGUGGCAUUUUUAAAAACCGCAGCAUGGCUGGAAAGAACACCAGGUUUAGAGCUACAUGGAUUUAAUUUCUGGGGAAAGUUUGAAAAAAAUAUCAUCAAAGGCCUGGAAGAGGAAUUUACAAGGAUUCAGGCUAACGAAGAGUCAGAGGAAAAAGAGGAACAGAUGGCUGAAUUUCAGAAACAAAAAGAGGUGUUACUGUCCUUAUUUGAUGAGAAACGUCAUGAACAUCUCCUUAGUAAAGGUGAAAGACGAAUGUCAUACAGAGCACUUCAGGGGGCAUUGAUGAUAUAUUUUUACAGGGAAGAACCUAGGUUCCAGAUCCCUUUUCAGCUGCUGACUUCUCUCAUGGAUAUAGACACACUCAUGACCAAAUGGAGAUAUAACCACGUGUGCAUGGUGCACAGAAUGCUGGGCAGCAAAGCUGGUACUGGUGGGUCCUCAGGCUACCAAUAUCUGCGCUCAACUGUGAGUGACAGGUACAAGGUGUUUGUAGAUUUAUUUAACCUUUCAACAUAUCUGGUUCCCCGACACUGGAUACCGAAGAUGAACCCCAUCAUUCACAAAUUCCUUUACACGGCUGAAUACUGCGAUAGCUCCUACUUCAGCAGUGAUGAAUCAGAAUAA